AUGUGUUAGCAAUGCACAUUAUAUUCUUCUGAAGGUUGUCAUAGCUGUGGCACUACAUGUAAAUUAUGUUAAGCAAGUCAAAUAAGUAAUUGCAUAAAUUGCUAUGAAACAAUGCAAAUUAGUGGAAGCUAAUGUAUUUGUAGAAAUCCAUAAGACUAAAGGAAUAUCUUCUAUCAGUGUAGUUAUGAUAAUUAUGCUGUUGUUUAAGCAAUCUUUGAUAGCAAAUCUCCAAUUUUAACACUUGAAUUUGGGUCUAAUUUAGUAAAUAUAAAUAAUCUUACAUGUGACCAAAUAUUUGAUUCUGCUACAUAUCUGUUGCUUGGUUCUAAUUCUAGCUGUGAAAUAAGUUAAACCUAAAUAGUUGUUUCAUUGAGCGAUGAUGCAAUUAUUAUGGCUAACUACACAUUAGGAUUUAAAAGCAAUUUUCUGUAAUUCUAAGGAUACACAAAAUAUAUAGAUACUUUCUAUUUGGUAUCAGUAGUAUAAAAUCUAACAACGCAACCAUCUGUAUAAGUUCAAUUUAAUGAUAUAGAAAAUUCAUGUAAUGACAUUUCUUUUGGAGUUAAAUCUGUUUUAAAUGAUGCCAAAAGAAGUUUCUUUUAUUUGUAAUGGAGCUUUGAUCCACUUUAAGGUUUGAGCGACUCUACUCUUUAAGCUAUAAAUACCAUAUUUUAGACAACUAACUAACAAUAAAGUUAAAGUUUAGUGAUAAACAAAUAUGUAUUGCCUCCUGAUAUUUCUAUUACUGUUCACCUAUUCUACAUACUAAAAGUGAACUAAAAUAGUACUCUUACAUUUAAAACAUUGAACUAAAAGACUAAACAACUUAUUGUAUAAAGCCUUUAAAGCAACUAUCCACCUAUAUAUAGAUAUAUGAAUUUGAAAAUUUUCUUUUCGUUUUUUAUACAAAUUUGUGACUAAUCAGGACCUCAAAUUACUUAAGAACCUUUAGAUAUCUAAAUUGUUUCUUAAGUAUUACCUUAACUCAACUAAAUCCAAAAUGAAUUUAAUGGAGAAUAAAUUGAAGUAGACAUCUAACCUUACUCUAUUCCUUAAAACACUGCAUUAGAUCUUUAAGUAAAUAUGGUUUUACACAGUAAUAAUGCUAUCAGUUCCUCAUAAACAUAUUUAAUUACUCCUGAAUAAACUAAACUCUUAAUUUAGAUUUCUGGGGGUUCAGACGAUAGACUAGUAGAUUAUAAGUCUAAAAUAACUUUAAUAGGUUUAGCUAGAGAUUACGAAAUUUAAGAUCCUAAUUCUCCUUAAGGAAUAUAACUAAGUUGGACUUGCUAAAAUUAAGCUUCAAGUAAUGGUGAUAACAAAUGCUAUGAUUAUUUAAAAAGACCCUUUCCUCCACAAUUAGAUACUCUUAAGCUUAUAAUUAAAGAAAGAACCUUUAAUCCCUAUUAAUCUCUGAAAUUCUUUUUUAUGGGGCAAAAAGAUUAAAGAUAAGCUAAUCAAUCAAUAAUACUAAUGUUUGCAGAGCUAGACAUUCCUCCUCUAUUAACUGUAUUCGAUGAUCCAUUAUAAUAAGAAAAAGUAAAUAUUAAUGAUAAUAUUUCAGUUUCGCUUAUAUAUAACACAGAUAUAUCAAUAAACCUUCUCACAUAUGCAGGCACUGUACUUUAUAACAACGUUGUUGUAGGACUAAUUAAAUUUGACUAUUUCAAAGUAAAAUUAAGAUUGUGGGAUUACUUUUCUGAUUAUCAAAUAGAUAAUCCAAUUAUCUAAGUUAGAUUUUCAGUUUAUAGUCCAUAAAAUGUUAUGCCAAGUUUAUAAAUAAUAAACUUUAAAAUAAAUAUACCUCCUUAAAAUUGUAUUUUUAGUGUCACCCCUUAAACUGGAUUAGCCUUAUAAACUCUAUUCAUAAUUUAGUUUACUGGAUGUACUACUUAAAAUAAUCCUCUAUUAUACUAAUUCUUUUACUAUAAUCAAUUAAGUGAUUAUUAACAAGAAAUUGAGGUACCUUAAAACAUUUUAAGAAGAUAAAUUUAAGACUCUAGUACUUCUUAAUCAUUUGCAACAAUAUUGCCAUCAGGAAAGCCACUAAUGAUCGGAUAGGCUAUGGAUUCAAAUUUAGCAGUAUUUAACUCUACUAUUCAACUUAAUAUAGAUCCUUACUAGUAAGAUGAGUAAGCACUGAUAAAUUUAAUAAAUAAAGCAAUUAUAACCAGCUCUUCCAAAACAACAAGAAAUGCUAUUAUCAAUUUAUGUAUAAUUGGAGAAGAAAUAUCUAAAAACAAUACCCUUUACAAUCUUCCAUCUAUAAAUCAAUCAAAGAUUACACUGAUAUAGGAAAUAAUUAAUAUUGCAAAUAAGCUUCCAAAUACAUCUUUUUUAUCUACUUACUCAAAUAAAGUGAUUGCGAUGAUAUAGUCUUCUAUAGCGACUUAAUAGUAAUAACAAAGUUCUAGUAUUCUCAAUUAAAUUAAUUUAGUACUUAAUAAAUAGUCUUAAUUUACAAUUAAUAGUGAUAAUAAGCUAUUAAAUAAUAACGAUAUUGCCUAAUAAAAUUUAGUAGACUCUUUUAAAAUGUUAAAUUCAACAACACUAAAUAUUGAUGUGAAUAAUUAACCUUAAGACUUACUGAGUACUUAAAUGAAUAUAUCAGAUUAAAUUGGAAAUUUGAUAAACAAUAUAACUCUCCCAAAUCAAGGUUAAUUUCAAUUAAAAGGUAAUUUAAUUUCAUUAAGUUGCGAGUAAGUUACAUAAAAAAAUCUUUAGAAGUACUACUAUGGAUAGUCUUAAACUGUAUCAAAUGACUCUAGUAUUUAUAGUGUUGUAAUCACUAACUAUACACAAAAUCCUUUUUACAAAACAGAUGAAUUUUAAAAUUACGUCAAAGCCUUUUAAGUGAAUGCAACAUCUGAUUUCUAAAUAUCUAAUAAUACAGUUAUAAAACCUGUAAUACAAAGUAGCUCUAACAACUCAUAUUUAAGCUAAGAUAAAUACAUACAAAUGUCCUUCUCAAAUAUAAAGCCAUCUAAAUACAAUCUUACAUGCAUUUAGUAAUAAAAAUCAAUUUGGUCAUCAAGUAGUUGCACAACAUUUAAAUAUUCGUAAAAUGGAAAAUAUGAUUGCGUCUGUAAAGAUCAAAAACCAACAACGAUUGCUGAAGAUUUAAAAAGUGUUCUAGACAAUAAAAAUUUGUAAACAGCAUUCAAUUCUGAUGGACUCUAGAAUAUACUUCAUUUUGAUACCUUCUAUGAGUAUGUUAUUUUUUGGAUUUUAAGUUUUGCAACUCUACUUUAGCUUGGUUUAUGCUACUUUGGUAAAACUAUGGAUAGCAAAAUUCCAGGUAAUAGUUAUAAAACAUUAGCAUCAGUAGUUCAGACUCCUCAAUUAAAUAAUGUUAAUUCCUAAUAACCAUAAGCAUAGUAACUUUAAACUGAAGGAGAUUUAUUGCAUAAUUAAAUUUUAACCAACAAUGGAAUAUUUUAAACUAAUCUAAAAAUUACUGAUAGCUUUAAAUUAAAAGAAUAAUAAGAGAAGAAUGACAACAAAAGCUAAACUCUAUCGAUUCAUAAAAUAUCUUAAACUAGCCUAAAAAAUGUUGAUGAUCAUAGAAUGGUUGAGGACAUUAAAACUAAGAAUUCAUCCUAAAAAUAUGAUUAAAAUCAUGAGAUAAACAUUUAAAGCUUUCAAAAUAAAUAAUAGCAAGUAGAUGGUUUAAAACUUAAAGAAAAUGAGGAAUAAAAUGAUGAUAAGAAAUCUUAAUUUUAUUCAGACAGAAAAAUAAGUAAAUUGCUCUUUAUAAAUUUAAAAAAAGAGUAAGUUGAUGAUAACAAUCAGAACCAAAUACAAGAAAUAACUUCAAAAGAAACUUCUCAAAAUUAAAAUUAAGUUAAUGAUGAAGAAAAAAUUGCAAUUUCUGAAGAAAAAUAAAAACAGAUUCUUUAAAAAUCAUUGUUUUGGAGAGUUUUACUUUUUCAUAAAUUUUUUAACAUUUUUUUAACCCAUGAUAAAUAGCUUUCUAGACCUUUGAGGUUUAGUAUUUUUUACCUAAGAAUAAUUCACUCAUUAAGUAUUUCAACAAUUUUUGAUUAAUAAUAUAAUCAAGCACAGAUGGUUUUUGUUUCGGUAAUAAACUCUACACUUAUCAUUGUUAGUGUGCUAAUAUUAGAAUCAUUAUAUAAGUUUAGGAAAGUAGGAAGAAUAAUAUCAACUUUCUUAAUGAUUGGCUUAUUAGCUCUCUACUAUUAUGUUAUACUCGCAGUUAUUAGUGGUUAGUCUGCGAGCUACUCUAAUGGAAAAAUAGUGUAAUUUUUUACUCUUUUUGGUAUAGAUUUUCUAGUUGUUUCUACCCUAAUGUCAAUAAUAUUUAAUCAAAUAUUAUUUUUUAAAAAUAAAUAUCCAAAGAAUGCUUUAUUUUUAAAACUAUUUAGCCUAUUAAAAAUUUAAGAUAUCUUAUAAAAUGUUUUUAUAUGA